AUGGCCAACUCAGCGCUGGAGAUCGUGGGUCUGUUAUUGACCCUGAUCGGGCUGAUUGGGACGGCGGCGAGCACCGGGAUGCCCAUGUGGAGAGUCACGGCUUUCAUCGGGGAGAACAUCAUCGUGUUUGAGACUCGCUACGAGGGCCUGUGGAUGAACUGCUUCCGGCAGGCCGACAUCAGGAUGCAGUGCAAGGUGUACGACUCUCUCCUGGCCCUGCCCCCCGACCUGCAAGCAGCGAGGGGGCUCAUGUGCUGCGCCCUGGCCCUGGGCGGCCUGGGUCUGCUGAUCAGCUUGGUGGGGUUGCAGUGCACGUCCUGUAUCCAGAACAACGACCGAGCCAAGCGGCUGGUCCUGAUCAUCGCAGGAACCAUGGUCCUGGGGGCCUGCGUCUGCGUCCUCAUCCCUGUUUCCUGGACGGGUCACGUCAUCAUCAGGGACUUCUACAAUCCCUUGCUGCUCGACGCCCAGCGCCGGGAGCUCGGAGAGGCGCUGUACAUCGGCUGGGUGUCCGCGGCUUUCCUGUUCUUUGGAGGAUGCAUGUUUACCUGCUGCAACCUGCAGUCCGAGGAAAAGGAUUCACAGAGGUACGUGUACCCCAGGGACUCCGGCUAUUAUCCCCCACAGCCCCUCCAGCCUCAGCAGCUGGUGUAUGUUCCCCAACAACAACCUCAACUACAACCGCAACAAUACCCGGUCCUGUCCAGACACCCAUCCACUAUCUACAGCAGCUACUCCAGAUACCCCUCAGUACGCAGCGAGAGGGCCUAUCUCUGA